UCCUCGCCCCCCUGCUAUCUCCUCAGCGGCAAGCAGGGAGUCCGGCGGGCGAGUGCGGUUGGGGUAGCAGGAGGUCGGGAGCCGGGGGCUGCGGUGGGGAUUUAGAGCGGCCCCGGAGGUGUCCCACUCGGAGGAAUGGAACCCGCCUUCGGGGAGGUGAACCAGCUCGGGGGGGUUUUCGUCAACGGAAGGCCCCUGCCCAACGCCAUCCGGCUACGGAUUGUGGAACUGGCACAGCUGGGGAUCAGACCGUGCGACAUCAGCCGCCAGCUCCGCGUUUCCCACGGCUGUGUCAGCAAAAUCCUGGCUCGCUACAACGAGACCGGCUCCAUCCUACCGGGGGCUAUCGGAGGCAGCAAGCCGCGGGUCACCACCCCCACGGUGGUUAAACAUAUCCGGACCUACAAACAAAGGGAUCCGGGCAUCUUCGCCUGGGAGAUCCGGGAUCGCCUGCUGGCCGACGGCGUGUGCGACAAGUACAACGUGCCGUCGGUCAGCUCCAUCAGCCGCAUCCUCCGCAACAAGAUCGGGAACCUGUCCCAGCAGGGCCACUACGACUCCUACAAGCAGCACCAGCCACCCCCGCAGCCCGCCCUGCCCUACAACCACAUCUACUCCUACCCCAGCCCCAUCGCUGCCGCGGGAGCAAAGGUGCCCACGCCGCCAGGAGUGCCUGCCAUCCCUGGCACCAUGGCCAUGCCCCGCACCUGGCCCUCGUCCCACUCGGUGACGGACAUCCUCGGCAUCCGCUCCAUCACGGACCAAGUGAGCGACACCUCUUCGUACCCCAGCCCCAAGGUGGAGGAGUGGAGCAGCCUAGGCCGGAGCAGCUUCCCCCCUGCAGCCCAGCACGCCGUGAACGGACUGGAGAAGAGCUCCCUGGAACAGGAGGCCAAGUACAGCCAGGCACACAACGGCCUCCCAGCAGUUGGAAGCUGUAUCAGCACCAGCCAUGUCUCCCUACGCCACGUCGGCUCGGUGUCGCCCUACAUGCCGUACAGCGCAGCUCCCUCCAGCUACAUGGCAGGCCAUGGUUGGCAGCACGCUGCGGGCACGCCGCUCUCGCCUCAUGGCUGUGACCUCCCUGCCUCGCUGGCCUUCAAGGGCAUGCAGACAGCCAGGGAAGGCAGCCACUCAGUCACGGCUUCCGCUCUCUGAUGCAGGAGCUGCUCCAGGCCAAGUGUCCCCAGCACCGGGCUCACAGACUGCUCUCCACAUGCUGGCGGAACCCGGUCUUUCUUUUCCUGACUUGUCUCCUGCAGGACUUUUCGGGACUGAAAGAGCUGAAGGCCGCAUCAGAAGCAGAGGAGAGCGUGCCGAUGCCCUUGCACUCUCUAAGUAAAGAUCUUGCGUCCCUCAAAGGGCCCGUGGAAACUUGUCUAACACUCCUCUGGUCAAACCACACAUAUUUAUUCUUAAUCAACACAGAGUUGUUAAAUGUGCAAUUGUUGUUAAGAUUUGUGUAGAAACCAAUAAAGAAAAAUAAUCACAGGAAAUUCUGCCACGCCUCAAAUCAGCAAAGGUGGUUAAAUCAAAGGUAUUUGCCAAUAACCUGUCUCUAGAGAACAAAUAAGGUUAUACGAUCCACUGCUAUUGAGAUCACUUUUUUUGUCAUUUUGUUGAGUUUUGGUAGUCAAAUACAGAACCAAGACAAUGUGUGGCUUUCAGAUUCUUCUGGCAUUUCGUCGUCAUCAGGCAGUCAUAUGUUUGUAUUUUUAUCCAUUUGUAAAUAUAGGCUUUCAACAGCAUUUGUCUUUAUUUCUCAGUGCACUUUCUUCUUUUUUUUU